AUGGAAAAAGGGGUGGUUAUUUGGACGGCUUUGAAUAGUUGUGAAAAUUCUAAAGUGCCGGUUUUGGAAACGAAAAGAUGUUUUAGAGAUACUGCGUCAGUUGAUAAUUUUGCAAUUAACAACGACAACUUUACCAGCAAUUACUCACCUUUAACCGGGCCCAAUAAAUUAUCGCUAGGAUCAAAAAGGAUUUUAGCAGCCUAUUUUACUUACAAAUGUUCAACUAAUUGUUUUGUAUUUUUUGAAUUCUGCGAGAUAACGAAUACUUUUAGUUGUAGACAUGAUAUUCCUUUACUGCCUAAAGCAAGUAGAAAUAUUACAAUUGGUGACUGGUAUUAUAUUGACUUUGAAUGUAUUUCAAAUAAAGCAGAACCAGUUAAUGUCACCUCAAUUAGGCCAACAUCGCCGCGUGUAGAAACGCGUGUUAGGCAUAAUAUUUGUGCUCAAUUUCGUGGAGGAGGAUUUGCUAUAGUUAAAUGUUGGCAUUGUUCUGAUCAAUUUUGUGCUGGCAGUCAAUUCUAUUCGGAUCCAGACAAAAUUUGGUGGCCCGAUCUUUGUGUCAAAUGUUUUCCAAAGGAGGGAACAACAAAUACUUCACCAUUAAAUGAAGUAAUUAAAAUAACAACAAAACGUUCCUCCUUUCCACAUCCUAAUAAUAAUAACAAUAAUUUUUCCGUGUCUGAUACAAACUUGAAAAAUUAUUCACCAAAAUCAUCAUUGUAUCUCCCAGGAGAUAUGGGCAAUACACACUUCCGUCCAUAUUCUCACUUCAGCAGCUCUUCAUCACACAAAAGCAAUUGUGGUAGUUCGACAAUUUCAAGCUUCUCAACAACACAUUCUAAAAAUAUUAAUUUUAAUAAAUCAAAUGAAUCAAUUGUUAAAAAUAGAAGAUUUUCAAUUAGAGAACAGGAACGAAGAGAAAAAUUGGAACAACGCGAAAAGCUUGAUAAGCUUGCAAAAUUGCUAGAAAAUAGAGAAAAAGCUAGUUAUGAAGAAUUUAAAUCAUUAAGAAGUACAAAACCUCCAAAAUGUGGUAGUAGUCGCAGCAGUAUAUUUUCUACUGGAUACCGUCAAUCUCAACAAGAGAAACAACAUAAUAAAAACUUUAAUAUUCAAACUAGCAGCCGAACAACAUACACAGGUAAUAAUACAACUACUUAUGGACAAUUUAUUCAUCAACAAAACAUUCCUCAAGAAAAACAACAAAACAUUCAUCAAAACAUUUAUUUAGAUACACGACAUAAUAAAAACAUAGAAGAAAAUGUUUGUCAAAAUGUUCUUCAAAAUGUUUGUCAAAAUGUUCGUCAAAACACUCAGAAAAACAUUUAUCAAAACAUUCAACAAAACAAACAACAAAACAUUAAUAAAAACAAAGAAGAAAAUGUUUUUAAAAACAAAAACAAACAACCUAAACCAGUUAAUAAAUGUUUUAGUGUUCAAAAGAAAUUAAAUGUUGAGAAUAUAGAAAAUUCAACAACAACAAGUAAUAGUACUUUAAAAAUAAAUAAUGUUGACGAAGAACAAAACAACAACAAUGAUGUUUAUUCAAGCAAUAAUAGUUUGUUGAAUGAAACAUUAGAAAUUAGAACGAGUGAAAGUUCGGAUGAAAAUAUUGGUAAUGAACAACAUAAGCAACAACAACCAUUUUUUGGUGAUAAUUUUAAUCAUCAAAAAGCAGAAAUUGAGAUAUUAGAUGAAAAUUUAAGUGGGACAAGAAAAUUAAAAAAAUAA